AUGAUGCGAGACGUGAGCGCGCGUUUCAAGUACAGCGAGCGCGAGUUCCGGGCGCAGCAACAGCACAAAACCGCAAGUCUUAGCGGCAACAGCAGCGGCGACGACUCGGAGAACAAGCCGCCGUCUGCUGCUGCCAACGCCGCACAGAGCACCGAAGAAGACGUACCCGACGCCUGUCCGUCGCGCGAGCUCAUCCACAGCCACAUUCGAAGAUACUAUCGCGAUGUAGACGCCGCCGCCAAGGCCGCGACCGAUUGGGAGACUGUAAGCGCGCGCAUCCGCAGAGACCUCGCUCCCUAUACAGUGCUUAAACUGGGCGGCUUCUCGCUGGGUGACGCCUGCACUCGAUUGCUAGGCGACGUGCUGGCCCAUGGUGCCUCCAGGUUGCGCACACUGGAUCUGGGGUUCAACCGAUUGACAGACAAGGGUGCGACCCAAUUGGCCGAAGCGCUGGAGACCAACACGUCGCUCGAGAGUUUGUAUCUUUCAGGAAAUGAAAUUGGACCAGCAGGAACGCGAGCGCUGGCACAGGCACUGACCAAGAAUACGCAUCUACGCAGUUUGCACCUCAGCGGCAAUAAUAUUGGCGAAGAAGGCGCCCGCUUUUUGGCAGAUGGAAUAGCAGGCAAUACAGGACUCAGAGCGCUCUAUUUGGGCACGAACGGUAUCGGUGCCACCGGAAUGCAGAGUUUAGCUACGACCUUAACACAUAACAAGUCGCUGGAGGAGCUAACGCUGGGACAGAACAAAGUGGGAAGUGCAGGAGUGCGUCAUUUAGCUGCCGCGUUCGCUACUGGUCACGUAUCGUUGUCAACUCUAGAGCUCGGAAAGAAUGGUGUGGAUCAGGAAGGCGCUAUUGCAUUAGCACGCUCUUUGUGCGGUGCGAAUCGUCUGCAGAACUUGUAUAUGGAUCACAAUCCACUGGGAGACGUGGGUGCCAGUGCCUUCGGAGCGCUACUCGCCCAGAAUACAGAGCUACGUGUGCUGGACUUGAGCUACACGCACAUGUCAUUGCUGGGGCUGCGAGAGCUCAGCGUGGUGGGGCUGGCGCGUAGUCGUGCGUUGCUGUGUCUGCUCGUGGAUGGCCACGAUUGGGCGAGCACUCAAUACAUGAAAAAGAAUCAGCAUCCGAGUCUAAACGGUGCAUCACUAGCCACUAAGGGCGCCAACAACUACGCUGCGUCUUGUAUUGCCGGUGCGAUCAACGCCAACGUUCACUCGGUGCUGUUCAAGCUCACAGGUGUGGAUCUCAGUCUCGUAGUGGCAGUACCUGCAUCCUCCAGCUCAAGAGACGGCAGAAGGGAAUCAGAUACGCUCUCCAGAAACGAAUUGGUGUUGAAAAGUCUGCAUGAUGCACGCGCCGCUGCACAAACUGCCGCCGCUGCAUCAGGAAUCCCUCCAAGUCACAAACGCAAGCCCACAGAGGACGCAUCAACAGAUAGGACGACAGCAGGUGGGGCGGAUUCAGGUGCAGACAGCGAUGCUGGGGAUAGCUCGUCACCUGUGGUUCAACAUCCCAAGUUCCAGAAGCUCGAAGGUAACCUCAAAGCCGGCUCGUCAUCAGGUAGUAUUAGUAGUGUCAACGGAGGCGGAAGUGGCGGCGGUUCGCGUUCAGGAAGUGCCAAUGCGCUGCUGGGAUUGCUGCCCCCUCCUCACAACGGGCCUGGCAACGGUGCGUCCAGUUCAGCAAGUGGCAAUGGAGGAAGCUCUCCAUCCAAAACAACUAGCAACCGACCUCCGCGUGUUAUCCGGAUCCCGUCGCGUGGCUCUAUGGGUCGCUUCCCCCGUUCGGGUGGAUCCUGCGAGAAGCGAUUGUCACUCAAGAGUCCACGGUACGAGAGCACAAUGGAGGUUCAUGUCCGUAAGGUCAUCUCCGAUAUUGCCAAGUUGCCAUUCAACGCGGACGAGUACGAAACACUGCAGACGUAUUACCUGGGAGGCCGGUGCUCUACCGGAUCGAAUGGCUGCAGUAGCGACUGGGGCGUCGACGAUGUGACGGGCGAGCCUGCGCCUUGUCCCGCGUGUCGAUCGAGUCGUUUGGCGCGAUACCGACGAACGAUGGCCCUCAAAACGCGACUCGAAGCCUCGAAACAAGCGACGGAUGCUGUGUUGUUGGUGCUGCUACGACAGCUUCACUACCUCGUGGGCGCCUUCCAGAACGUGGAGAACGCUGUGCAGACUAUCGACGACAUCCUCGUAUCUGCACACGAGGAGAUGGACGAGCCACAACAGAUUUCCAACGUGCCGCUGCCUUCGCAGACGACAACCAGCCAGCACACCCAGUAG